GCUACAGUCAGAUUCAUUCCUUUGCACAUGCUAGCCUCAAAGAGAAUCGGCGAACGAGAAAUGCUCAGUGCCAAAAGAAUCUCACUGCUAAUCAUUGCGACUGUUCGUGACCUCUUUGUAGCGUACGUCACCCUGUCCUGUACCUUCCGCUACGGCCGAGACGACAUGGACGUGAUGGGAAUAGCGUUCCGGAGAGAUAUUUACCUCUCCACCCGGCAGAUCUACCCCCCUCUGCAGGACAGGGAGCAGUGCACUCUCACCAAGGUGCAGGAGAAACUGCUACGCAAACUGGGCCACAAUGCAUACCCCUUUUUCUUUGAAUUCCCUGAUAACCUGCCCUGCUCCGUAGGACUGCAGCCGGCUCCUACCGACGUGGGCAAGCACUGUGCUGUAGAGUUCGAGGUGAAGGUCUUCAGCGCUGAGAACCUGGACGCUAAAGUCCGCAAGAGGAGUACUGUACGUCUGAUGAUCCGUAAGGUCCAGUACGCUCCGGAGAAAUCCGGUCCCGCGCCUUCGGUCUCUGUCACCCGGGACUUCCUCAUGUCGGACAAACCACUUCAUGUGGAGGCGAGCCUGCAGAAGCAGACGUAUUAUCACGGAGAGCCGAUCAAGGUACGGGUCAACAUCAACAAUGAGUCCAACAAGAACAUCAAGAACAUUAUUCUUUCUGUGGAUCAAAUUGCCACCGUCGUUCUUUACUCCAACGACAGCUACAUGAAGUCAGUGACCACAGAGGAUUCUGGGGACACCUUGGGUCCAGGUGGCAAAAUGGAGAAGGUGUAUACACUCCUCCCUCUUCUCGCCAACAACAAGGAAAGGCGGGGAAUCGCCCUGGAUGGAAAACUGAAGCAUGAAGACACCAAUCUGGCCUCGACUAGCAUAAUCAAAGAAGGCGUCCUGAAGGAGGUCUUGGGGAUUCUGGUGUCCUACAGAAUCAUAGUCAAGCUCAUCAUCGGAGGGCUGAUGGGAUCCAGUGAGAUUGGGCUGGAGUUGCCGUUCCAACUCAUGCACCCGAAGCCUGAAACAGUGAGAGAAAGCGAAAUGGACGACGACAUGGUGUUUGAAGAUUUCAAGCGCUCUUUUAUGAAGGGCAUGACGGAGGAUGAAGAAGAAGGGAAUAUUUCUGCCGGGGAGCCUUGAGAAACCUUUGAGGAACCGAUCGCUAUCCGGACAUUACGGCCAGCCUCCUGGAGACGAUCGAGAGCGUGAGAUAGAGAGUACGAUGAACCGCGAUGAACAUCUAUCUGCAGUAACACCGAGACGACGAGUUGCGUUCUUCCUGUAGCGCGCUAGGAAAAAAACAUUGGCUGUCGGUCUUUGAUCUUGUGUCAGUUGUAUUAUGUUGAAAUCAUAGUAACGGAAAAGUCACCGCUUCUUUCCUGAUUAAAGUAGGCGAAUGGUGUACGGCCAUUGAUUUUUAGACCUUUAAGUUAGCAAUUUUCAGUAUCUGCGAGAAAGCAGAUAUAAUAGAUGUCAUGAUGUAGGAUUUAUAUCACUGUAUCAGAAAAAAAAAAGAAGUCAAUUUGAACUGUUUUGUCGUUUUAAAACCGUUCUUUAUUACAGUAUCAUAUAAUAAAGCCAAAAGAUCUCAGGAUUUUGUUUUUGUUUGUGAUUAUAAUUUGUAUUAUUCAUAUAUUAUCUGGUUGUACCAAAUUCAGCCUCGAUCACAUCCUUGUGCAUUUUAUCAUAUAACUAAGAUUAUUCUUCAUGAUUAUGUUACUAGUACAUGGCAGUAAGUAGUAUUAUAGUUAUGGUCAUGAUUUAAAUUAACCUAUUGGGUUUAUGACUCUCUUAGUGAUUAUGUAUUUAACCUGACCAUUACAGAAACAUCCUAAAUCUUAUCUGUUUAGUAGCCAUAGCAGUUACAGUUA